AUGGCUAGCCUGGAUUCCCUUCUCGACAAGCACCACCGCGACUUGGAUCGCGCGGUCCAGAAUGUCCUCGGCACGGGGCGGGCCUUGGACACAUAUGGCCAGAUCGCCGACGGCCUGCCGCUCGCCAGUGUCGUCUACGACCACUACGGCCAGGGCAGAUUCUACCUGGACCAUCCCAUUUCUCGCCAUACGUCUCUCUGUCCUGGUGCCAGGGACACUGCGCAGGACUUCUUGUGCGAGUUUGCAGAUCUCGGCAUGCUGAACUUUGACGUCGAGCUUCUCCAGGCGUACCAGUCUACCUCGCCCGGCUCUCGCAGCUUCCACUGCCGUCUCAUCGAGCUGGUCGCCGUCACCGUCCACAGGCUGGCCGUCCUCCUCUUCCAGCGAGACUACCGCCUUCACGACGACGUCUGCAAGACGACCGGCGGCGACCCGCUUUACACGAUCGACCUGGUGACCUCGUGGGAGUCAGACCUGCAACUCCCGAACCUAGCGAGACGACAGCCGGGCCCGACCCUGUUCAGCCACCCGUGGUACAACGCUCGCAAUCAGUAUCCGGACGGGCUCGCCGACAUCGUCGGCUACUGGGCCGAGAAUACGCUGCUCGGCGGCGUCGUCCUCUUUGACCGGUCCGAGCCGUGCGGCAGCAGCUCCUCGGACGACGGGGAGCCGAACGUUUAUCUUCACUCGGACCACGCCAAGGUCACUUUCAGGAUCUGGCAGCUGCUGGACGAGCAGCAGCAAGCCUUGGUUGAUUUCCUCGUCUCGCCCUCCGGGCCCUCCUCCCCAGCUACGACAGCAACAGACGGGCCUAGGACUCAUAAUGCUUCUUGCCCCUUUCCGUUGUUGGCGUCUGAUAGGAACUUGAAGCGGUUUAACCCCGCGGCCGCCACGGUGCACAAAGUGUAUAGAGACCUCUGGGAGCGGCCGCGGGGGGGCGGUUGGGAAGGGGGCCAUUGUGUCCUUAGUCCGCUAGAUUACCCGGAGCUUUUUCGAUCACGGCCCACUCGGAUAGUCAGACUCACUGGCAAUGAAUGA